AUGUGGAUUUCCUUCGCAAGCUUCUUAACACCAACUUUUCUUCUCUUCUUCGUAUUGAACCUCACCAUUUUCACCAUUUUCAUCACUUCAAUCCUAAAAAGACUCCAAAAACUCAGUGAUGACCAAGACAACUCGCCACUGCAAAUCAUCCGAGUUCCACCUUUCUUAAAACGAGUCAAAUCCAUUAACUUCUCUAUCUACAACUCCGAACGGUCCGACCAGUCUGACACCGCCGCCCAUCAAACCACUGCCUCACCUCCACCUGAAGAACCAACACAUCAGCGUGUGGAAGAGAGUCCCGUGACUAGGAGCAGAUCUGACACGUGCGUGCAAGCUCCGACGAAAAGGGUGUUGGAGAAGUCGUUGAGUGAGAAGGUGUAUGUGGCUAAGCCGGAGCCGGAGCCGGAGCAAGAGCAAGAGCAAGAGCAAGAGGAAGAGGAAGAGGAAGAGGAAGAGGAAACUGAGUCUUCUAAUAGGGCGGAGGACCAGGCUUGGGAUGCAAAAGCUGAUGAUUUCAUUGGCAAGUUUAGACAACAGUUGAAGUUACAGAGAUUGGGUUCCGAUUUGAGGGUUUCUACUCUGAUGCUGGGGGUUUCACUUAAGCGAAAGGUUGGCGUUAGGCUACCAUCAUCAUCACUGUUUUGGGCUCUCGAGCAUGAUCUUGGCAUUGAGCCAGCAUCAUUCCAGAAACUUUAA